ACAGCGCGAAUCUCACUUAGUACGGUGCGUAAACCCCACACGAAUGGAAGCCAUUUCGAACUGUGGCGCUGGUCAAACACAGUGAACGUGUCGCCUAAUCACAUAGCAUACCACUACAGCACAGCAAAGCACAACCAAGUUUUUUGGUGAAGAAGAAAAAAAUUGUACAAUAGUUGAAUAAAAAAUUUACAAAAAACGCGAUACAGUUGUAUGAAAAUAAAGUGUAGAGGUGUGUGGAAGUGAAACCAAAAAUAUUUCGAAACUAAAACACGUACGAAGUUAGCGGAAUUUCAUGUGAAAAAGUUAAAUUUCUUUACCGCUUUGGCUUUGGCGUUGGCCCGUGUUGAGAAGGAAUAUUUUGUUCAAAGUACUACUUUUGUGGUGGAAUUUCGAAAUCACUUAAAAAGGAAUCGAGCGUGAAAAGUUAAAUAUAAUUUGAGCUCGAGUGAACCGAGUAAUACUUGUGAAAGUAAUUUUUUAAGUCAAAAUUCAUACAUCCCAAAAAAAAAAAGAAAAAGGAAAGAAAAGAAGUUGAUCAGAAAAUACGAAUAUGUGAAACAUGGGAAAAAGCUAUUAAUUUUCGAAAUAAAUAUCUUUCGGCAGUGAUGUGAAUACAUAUGAAAAUUUAUGUGCGGAAACUUGCGGAGCAUUGAAUUCUUCUCAGCGCAACGACCAAGUGUAAAAAGCAAUGUGCAGUGUGUAUAUGUGGACACGACAUAUCAUAAAUUACGUAAAGUGUCAAUAAAUGGAUAUAAAUCUACGGAAAAUAUUAGCAACCACAAAUCGAUUUAUGUGUGAGGAGAAUAACUAAGUACAAUAUAAAAUUCGAAUAUACAUAUACGCACACAUACGUAUAUAUGAAUGCACAUACGUGAGCCGUAGAACAUUUGUGUGAAAAUUUUGUAGCUUUUGCAGUUUUCUCGAAAACAUGGCAAAAAAGCGAGUGUGCCAAGUGCUGACAUCUAAUUGGGAUCGACACUCCAGUGAUUGCUAUAUGGUGGCAAGCGGAAGUGCAUAAAGAAAAUAAUUAAAAUAGUGUAAGGUAAUUUGAUAGAAAAUUGCACUCAUAUGCAAUAAUAAUCGCAAUAUCUCUAACAUAUGUAUGUAUGUGGAAAAUAUAAAAAAUAUAAAUAAUUACCAUAUAAAAACACACCCAGUCAACUGAAGGUGUCUAAUGAACAUUUACCUUGGAAGGCGCAAUGCAAAAUAUAUUACAGCCGCUCAAGUGCAACAAACGCCAACCGCAACGCCACCCGCUGUGCAACUAAAUACAGAAAUUUCACAGUUCACUUGUUCGCAUUUUUCGCCAGUUUGCAUUGUUUGAAUAUUCGCGCAAAGCAUUGCACACAUUUAGCAUUACGUAUACGCACCGGUGAGCUUACAAAACGAAUGGGCAUUGCGUGUGAAGCGACGCGAGGUAGACAAUAAAAAGUAAUAAUAAUAAACAAUAAAAACAAUAAAACAAACAAAAAGCCAAUAAAAGAGCAACAAAAGAGACGACAGCAAAAAGCUAAGGCGAACGACAAAAGAAAAAAAAAGCAACAACAUUUGAGGUGAACAACAACACAAAGCAUCAUAUAUGUAUGUAUGUAUUGAAAGUAGCAACUAUUGUGAAAGGAAAAACAAAUCAUUAUCAACACUUAUACGCUUGAUCUCCAAAAUAAUAAUGCAUAUGCAGACAAUACAACAAUAUAAGGUCAUAAAUAAAGUAAAAGCGUCAAAAGCAAUUUGCUAAAACUAUAAAAACGCGUAUCGCUUGCACUUAAGCGCCAGCUGACAGGAAAAAAGCACAAAAAAUACUGUUUAGGGUUGUAGUGCAACCAUUUAAAUUAUCAAAAACCAAACAAUAAAAACAAAACAAAAAAAAACUGUGCACAUUUACACGCUUUGCAACACAUACAAGCGCCGUCUACUGACGCUACUUCACAAUGGAACGCAAAAAUAUUGGCGCUUGGGCGCUGUGUUUGUUCGUUUUGGUAUUUAAAAUCAACGUUUUUGCUGUGGUCGCCGAUCAGGAUGAGGAUAUACCACAUAAUGAAGUGCGAAAUUGGGCGCUUAAGUUUGGCGUGGACCUUUGGGAAUUUGGCCGACAGUUUACGAAAAUGAACGAAAUAAAAAAUCGUUUUAAGGACAAUGACAUCGAAGUAAAGCGAAAGGAUGGCAUCAUAUUGCUACGUGAAUUGGCAGCUGAGGUGAAAAAUUUCAUGGAUUUCAAACGCAAUGCAGUGAUGCGCAUCAUGGACUCCGCCGAACAGGCCGCUCUUUCCGAAUUGGACUCACAGAAUUCCCACAGCACUUCAGCGACGGCAAAUAAUCAACAUUACGAUGCACGUCGCAUUAACGAAUACAACUCGGAUGGCAAAUUGGCCGAUGGCGCACGUCACAUGGAUAUACGCUUUAUGCGCCGAUUUGAGCGUUUACCAGUCAAUCUCAGUCUUAGUUCGAUUUUAGUACCGAAUGGAGUUUCAAUGGACGAUGGCGAUGUAAAGGCUGCACUGCAGUGGAGUGCGCAUCUGGAUCCACUCUUUCAAAAUAAUCUCGAACGUGACCCUGCGCUAUCUUGGCAAUACUUUGGCUCAUCCACCGGCUUCUUACGGCGUUUUCCCGGCACCGCUUGGCCACCUGAGGGUUCGAAAGGUAGCAAACAGAUACAUGAUUUUCGUGCGCAAAAUUGGUUUGUGCAGGCUGCAUCGUCACCAAAAGAUAUUAUGAUCUUACUGGACUCUUCGUCCAGUAUGUCGGAGAAGUCUUUCGAACUUGCCACAGCUACGGCUUUUAAUAUACUUGAUACGCUAGGCGAGGAUGAUUUUGUAAAUUUAAUCACCUUUUCGGAGGAUGUCAAAACACCAGUGCCGUGCUUUAAGGAUCGUAUGGUUCGCGCUACCCCGGACAAUGUACAGGAGAUAAAGUCUGCAGUGAAGGCCAUCAAACUUCAAGAUACAGCUAAUUUCACAGCUGGCCUAGAGUAUGCCUUUAGUCUGCUUCACAAAUACAACCAAUCUGGUGAAGGCAGCCAAUGUAAUCAGGCUAUUAUGCUGAUCACCGAAAGCACAUCUGAGACCCACAGCGACAUAAUCAAACAAUAUAAUUGGCCACAUAUGCCCGUACGAAUUUUUACGUAUUUAAUCGGUUCCGAUUCGAGCAGUCGCAGCAAUCUGCAUGAAAUGGCUUGCUCUAACAAGGGAUUCUUUGUGCAAAUCAAUGAUAUGGAUGAUGCACGCAAGAAGGUCAUCGACUAUGCUCUGGUAAUGGCACGUCCGAUGAUAAUGUAUCAGGCCGAUCAUCCUGUGCACUGGAGUCCCGUCUUUGUCGCCGGCAAGACAGGUGGUUUGGCUCGCGACUCCGACUACCAGCGUCGGCUGGUGACGACAGUUUCAACUCCGGUCUUCGAUAGACGAAACCAUUCGGUGCGUGUGGCUAAUUUACUCGGUGUUGUAGGCACCGAUGUGCCCAUCGAGGAGAUACGUAAAAUGAUACCGCAACAUAAACUGGGACCGAAUGGAUAUUCGUUUAUCGUUGAUAAUAAUGGGCGUGUACUGUAUCAUCCAGACUUGCGUCCAUUGAGUGAUGGUAAUCAAUAUAUAGAUCAGUUGCGGCCGCGGUACACGUCGGUCGACAUAACGGAGUUGGAACUGCCGGAAACCGAGGUGGGCAAUGAGCAUGAAAUUGUCGAAAUGAAUAAGAAUCUGUUGUAUGAUAUGCGCAGCGAUAUGCUCUUGCCCAAGGAAGGUGAAACCGAAUUCACCAUAUUCAAUCACUUUGAUGGCAUGAAACGUGUAGCGGCGCGUACGCAAAGGUAUUUUUAUGGACCUAUUGACGAUACGCCCUUCACCUUAGCUGUUGUACUCCCCGAAAAAUAUGGCAGCCAUGAAUUGGUCUCCCAACAGGAAAUACGGCACUCGCGCAGAAAUGUGACCGAGUACUUCAAGGGAGAAAAUUGGCGCGUACAUCCCGAUUGGGUGUAUUGUGAGUACAACAGUGUUAGUGAUCUAGAGAAAGAGCGUGAAAGCUCGGGCGAAUCUCUCUCAGCCUCACGUGAACAAGAAUUAAGUUUUGGCUCACCCGAAGAGCAGGUGUUACAUUUCUUGGGGCGUGCAGGUCGACCUGGCUGGAAGUGGAUGUCGGUGCGCCCGAAACCACCGCAACCACACCACGCCAUGCAUGGUGCGACACCUGUCGGCCAUUUCGCCCAACAUCUAAAUAACGUACAAGGAUCUCGCAAAGCUGAACCAUACUUUUGCGAUCGAACCUUGGUACAGAGUUUGGUGCGUGACGCUAUGGUAACAGAUGGGCUGGAUCGAAAUUCCACAGCAACUUCAAAUGGCAAAGAGGAUAAACAGCAAGGUUAUCAAAAGUUUCUGGUUGCGACUUCUUUUGUUGCCACACGUUCGGGUCUGCUACGUUGGAUUGAUCACAUUAAAAGACCAGAAGACUCACCUGAGCCUCAUUUUAGUGAGGACAAUGCUCGCGCGAUGGACAUGACUUGGUAUAAACGAGCCGUGGAUCAACACACCGUCGAACAGGACAGCUUUGUCUACAGCGUGCCCUUUGCUACUGGAUAUGCGCCCAAAUUGAAUACCACGCUUGUGACUGCUUCGCAUGCGAUAUUUGUAGAACAUCGUGGUCACAAGGCCAUUGCCGCCGUCGUCGGAUUGCAAUUUCAGUUGGACUCAUUGGCGAAGCAUUUCAUAAACAUAACCUCAACCUGUACCGGUAUGACAGGCUGUCGCCGCACAUGUGCCUCAGAUGAUCUCGAUUGCUAUGUGCUGGACAAUAAUGGCUUUGUUAUCAUCUCCGAGCAGGGUGAUCAUUCAGGCAAAUUUUUCGGUCAAAUUGAUGGCACUAUAAUGGACUCAUUAGUGCAAGAUCGUAUUUACAAGCGCGUCACUAUCAAUGAUUAUCAAGGUGUUUGUUCGGAUGCUGACAAUCCUUAUACGGCUGCAAGCGCUUCACUGCAGCCACACCGCGCUUCCACUUGGCUAAUGAAAUAUUUGGUAUCGUUGAGCGCCACUUGGUUGGCAAUAUUACCAGCACCGUUACAUGCUUGGCCGCAGGACGAUUACACCUACAAUGAAGAUGUCUUUGAAGAGCCCUCAUAUGAUUAUGAACCUUUCGAGGAUUACAACUCACCAAUCGAUGAGGAAAUGGAUGAGUUUUUCACUACCGCUGAUGUGGAAUACACAACACCAGCCCCUAAGCAACAUAAACCGCACACCGGGCCACGCAUAUCACCAGACCCCCAACACGCACGACGUUGUGAUCUCCGUACAGAUCUCUAUAUGCUGCAGCCAGAGCGUCUCAAUCAAGGCGGCCAAAAUAACCCACUUAAGGGCAAGUUGACAAAUUGUCAUGUGUCAGGAUGUGAACGUCCCUUCAGCGUACAGAAAAUACCACACAGCAACCUGAUAUUGCUUGUAGUGGACACAUUGUGCCCUUGCGGUUCCAAACAGCUCGAUAUAGAACCACUAGAGGAGUCGGGUACUAUUGGUGCUUGCAGCGCGCGUCGCCAGUCGCAGGAGAGUUCAAAGCGUCGCCGACCCAAAAAAUGUAUCAACUAUCAUCCGGAAGAAAUUGAAAUACAGCAAUGUGGGCGUGCCACGUCACUCCUGCAGACGCCCAUUUCGCUCGUUAUAGCGCAUCUGCUCAUGUUGGUGGUGACUUUUACGCUCACAACUGCGUGAUACUAAGUGCAGUAAGAACUACAACACACAGGUGAAAAGUAUGCAGCAGUGGAAAGUGAACUAAGUAAACAACAUAGAAUGAAACAGCGCAGCAAACAGCAAACAAUAGUAAUGCCAGAAAGUAAUUACAUACCAACAAAGCCACUAAAGAUAAACAACCAAUAAUAUUUACUGAGUAUACAAUUCUUUGUUAAAUAUACAUAUAAAUAUGUGCAUGUAGCUUAGUGGAAUUAAGUUCAGAAUUGAUAUUGAUUAGGCGAAACUUCUGAAUCUAGUUUUGUUUUUAGUAAUGCGGAAGGAAAAAUCUGAAGUUAGGUGUGCCAAAGGUUAACGGUGUACUUGGAUUACUUUUGUACGAAUUGUAUAUUUUUAGGAAGUAUAUUUUGGUUGGGGCGCUUAUUUAAAGAUUAAGGGCGCUCAAGUCAAUAACUAUAAAAGUGUUAAACGCAUUCGUGUUCUUACAAACCAAAUGGGUAUGAAAUCUUCUAAUUCUGUAAAGCCGAAAAAAAUAUCUCCUUCGUCUUGUCGUGACCAAAAAUGCGGAGCUUCCUCUGUCACACAACGCUAAGCAUUGCAUUUAUAAAAGAAAAUACUUCCAAGAGAUAGUAUAAGCAAUUGCGGUAUAGGAAUAAUCACGAGUAAGGAAAUAUUCUAUGUUGCUUCCAUUCUAAAAGCGAAUUAAAAGAAGCGAGAAUUAGAGUGAAAUUUGAAUUUCAGGUCUUCAUCGAAAAUUCCACAGUGUAUGAGUUUCUGUAAACUUUAAACUUUAGGCAUCAAAAAAUUGUUACGUAAAAUCUCUCCAACCAAAAUGCAAAUAAACCUGUUUUCACAGAAAAUUAAGUUUUGCGUAUCAAAGUCAAUAAUCGAAAGUUAUUGAGAACUUUUUUUAUCUGAAAAGUUAACUGCUGCUAACUCUAUCUGGAGAACUAACCGACUGUAGAGUUCUAAAAACGAGAAAACAAUCAGCUGAUGAUCAAGUUUGGCAACGCUGAGAUCACCUGAUUUUAAUUAUUC